UUCAAGACUCAGUGACCUAGAUCGUUUAGUCAUAAAUCAUUUGUCGUAUUUCAUUACAUUUCGCAGAUAGGCUAAAUUACGGGAAAGAAAAACAAAAGACUGAUAGAACUAUACAGAUCUAAAAAUGACACUGUAUAAAUAAACCUAGGCUAAUAGUUUGUUUCUCUUUUUGUUUUGUCAUCGAACGAACUCUGAUCUGAGUUACUACUACGUCAUUGAAAUCUGCUGAAGGGUGUGCAUGCAUUAGUGCUGAUCGACAGGCCUAUUCUGGUGUGAACAGCAGAUGGCGCUGUUAAAGCAUCACCUCUGUGCUGCGCUGCUCCUAAUGGAGUUUGUGCUUCUACUAGCUGCAUCUGAAAGUAGCUGUCCAGCUUAUGCUGGGGUGCCGGGCAUACCUGGUCACAACGGCAGCCCUGGCAGAGAUGGAAGAGACGGGUUUCCUGGACCGAAAGGAGAAAAAGGAGAUCCAGGAGUUGGUGCACAUGGACCCCCAGGGAAAAUAGGACCUGUGGGUGUUGUUGGUCCUAAAGGAGACAAAGGAAAUCCAGGUCUGCCAGCUACUGGUGUUCAAAGUGCAUUAGUACAACAACUUCAAUCAGAUGUCAAAUACCUAACUGACAGACUCACUGUGGUAGAGAAAGUCCUAGGAUUUCAAAUGUUCAGGAAACUGGGACAGAAAUAUUAUGCGUCCGAUGGGCUACAGGGAACUUUUGAGAAGGCACAGAAGUUCUGCUCUGACGCUGGUGCUAAAAUUGUCCUGCCAAGAAGUGAAGAUGAGAACAAAGUUCUAACAUCAUUGCAAGCUGCCCUCGAGUCUACUUACGUAUAUGUUGGUGCAACUGACAGACAGAAAGAAGGGAAUUUUGUGGAUAUGAAUGGCCAACCUUUAACUUUCACCAACUGGAAAGAAAAUGAGCCAAACAAUCAUAAUGGGGCAGAGGACUGUACAGUUAUUUACAAAAAUGGUGUAUGGAAUGAUAUUAACUGUAGUUCCGAGUGGCAUGUGGUGUGCGAACUGUAAAACAGAUUAUGAAUUGUUAGUGCUCUGAUGUUUGAAUGAUAAAGGAAUAAAGAAAAUCUUAUAAACAGAG